CUUAUCCACCCUUAUUGAAGGGUCUUGGACACUCCCUUAAUCCCCUCAUUCGAACUCCCAAGGAUAAGGGAGAAGGAGAGAGCCACACAACCAAGAAAGCAAGAGAAAGGGGAAGCUGCCGCAGGUUCGUUUUCCAGUGCGUAAGGUUACUUGUUUGCUUCAUAUCUCGAGUUAUACACAUCCAAAUAAGGCGUGCGAGAUACCCACAGAAAGCUCUCAAGACGAGGAAUCCGUGAAGGUCUGGUUUGCAUCAAUCGGAGUAGUGGAAGGCUUCCAAAUCGUCCGAGAAAAACACAACCUCGCAGAAUACGUUUUUGUAUUCAAAGCUAGGGAACGAAUUCGUCGGGAAACACCCGUUCUAGGGACUGUUUUUAUGUCUUCGGUUAGGAGUUCAAAUAGCACUUUGAGGGGGCUGUUUAACACUCAAUUCCAAGCAAGGAAUCAGUUCUCAAACUUCCUUGGCCGGGACUUUGGUCAUUGGAUCAAGAAGGAAAAGUUUAAAGCUCAAUAAAGGUUGAGGCUAGAGCUUGCAUCCUGUGCUCGUUGAUCGAGUGAUUCCUAGGAGAGAAGACUUGGUUCGUGCUUCCUCCGUUCCAUUUGAAACAUAAAUAAAUUUGCUCAUGGAUAUUUUACUAUAGAGCCUGCGUGCUCAUGAAAUGCCUUGUGUGGCCUUCUUGUUUUAAACAAUGUUUUCCGCUGCGUUAUGAAUUACUUAUUAUGUUUGUUUAUGGAUGUAUACGUGUGAAUGAUAUUCAAGACGCCUUGUAUAAUAUGAAUGUGUUGGACUGCGGUUGACUAUUCGUAUUGUACGGCGGAUUGUCGACGUGUCCGGGGAGGUCCGGGGCGUGACAAUUAAGUUGGUAUCAGAGCCUUAGUCCAUAAACUUCAUAAUGAAGUCUCAAAAUUCUCUUUUCAAAAUGAUUUUUGAAAACCAUGAGCGAAAAUGUUUUGUACUUAAGAACUUUUGGUGUUUGAGUUGCAAGGUCUCUAAUUGUUAAGAUGGCGCCCUUAACGAUUGGUAUGGCAGUGACUUGACCCAAGAGAUGUCUUAAGUGCCUAUCUGUCAGUUGACAUUUGAAACGAGUCUAAUGACUCAUUCUAAUUAUUUCUUUCAGCGAUGGAGGGUGAUGGUGGUAUUAUGAAUAGGGAGAACUCGGAAGGGUUUGCACCGGGUGGAACCGGGCAUGCCAACCAAGAAAAGCCCUUAGGACCAAAGGUGCACGAAAUUCUUGAAGCUCAAAUCAUGAGUGGUGGUCAUGUUAAGACCAAGGAAGAAUCACCUUGUUAUGGCAAAACUGAACCACUCAAGGCUUCGGGUGACGAAGGAGAUGAUUUGAGUGAUGAGGACCUUGAUGGUGCACCCAUUGAACAAAUGGGCAUGGUCAUAGAUUGGCUUCAACGUGAACGUGUGAGGCUUAUACAAAAACGCCAAGCUAGGCAAGCUGAGGGCAUACCAUUAGUAAGGAAAAGGAAGUGGGGAGACAACGAUUCACAAAGACAUUCAAGGAGGACAAACGUUGAGGGUGACAAAACCUUCAGGGCGCAGACACUAUCACUUGAGUGGAGUCGAGGCUCGGGUGGCUAGAACUCGAGGUCAAAAGGUUCGAGAGUACCUAAGUGCACAAAUUGUAAGAAGCACCACCCGGGUAAGUGUUGGGAACCUCCUAGGUGCUACCGAUGCAGAGAGAUCGGGCACACGAAUGCGAAUUGCCCACAACUUGUACCCGACCAAACUUUGGGCUCAAGUAGUACGACUAUAGGCAUACAGAGUCAAGCCGGGGCCUCUCAAGCAAGCAAGGAACAUGGCGGAGCAAGUGUGAGCAACGCGCCGUCCGUGAAUCAAGGGAGGACUCACGCUAGAGUCUAUACGAUGACGGAGGCGGAGGCUCGAGCGAACCCGGAUUCCGUUGCAGGUUGAGGCUAGAGCUUGCAUCCUGUGCUCGUUGAUCGAGUGAUUCCUAGGAGAGAAGACUUGGUUCGUGCUUCCUCCGUUCCAUUUGAAACAUAAAUAAAUUUGCUCAUGGAUAUUUUACUAUAGAGCCUGCGUGCUCAUGAAAUGCCUUGUGUGGCCUUCUUGUUUUAAACAAUGUUUUCCGCUGCGUUAUGAAUUACUUAUUAUGUUUGUUUAUGGAUGUAUACGUGUGAAUGAUAUUCAAGACGCCUUGUAUAAUAUGAAUGUGUUGGACUGCGGUUGACUAUUCGUAUUGUACGGCGGAUUGUCGACGUGUCCGGGGAGGUCCGGGGCGUGACAUUAUUUGAGUAAUAAUUUAGGACAAAUUAAACCUCUUAAGGAAUUACUCUGAGGUUUGUGUUUUAACACAUUUCAUUUGGAGAGUGAGUUGAAAAAUAAUUAACUCAUUCACAUUAUUUUCUUAUGUAAUUUUAUCAUUAAUUCAUUAUUUAUCUACAUCUUAACCCAUUUU